AGGUAUUACAAUAAUAUAGGCACCUCGGACGACAUCGAGUUAAUAAUGUAACAGUCGCGUUCUGGUGGCCGAUACGAUUCGAUCGCGGACUAUUUUUUUUUUUUUUUUCAUUUUUUUCAGGCCGACUUAAAAAUAAUAUUAUUAUACUUCGAGUCUGUUCUUUCUUUUUCCACCGACUCGUAUAUUAUUUUAUCGAAUUAUUUUACCGCACGAUUUCGGUUUCCGACGAAUAUUUAAUAUUUCUGUAUUGUAUUAUACGAACAGCGCGUGCGCGGAUUUGGACCAUGGUCUGGACUCCCAGCCCUUCGAGUACGGCAAGGCUCGGCAAGGUGAGUUUAUCGUGGCAUUAUUUCUUUAAACUAACGUAAAGUCGAUCGCCUGUCGUGUUGAAGAAACCAUAGUUAUAUUUUGAUAUCUCUAUUGCGCGCGAUCGAUAUGCAGGGAUCACGUGGAGGGUGCAUAACGUGAUCAAAUCCAGAAUUAGGGAUUUUGAAAAGCUGAUUAUGGAUUGUAUUAUGGGCGGCAUUAUUAUUAUUAUUAUUUUUUUUUUUUUGUUUACAAUCGAAUUUUUUUUUAACGAACGAAAAUGUGUUGUAUAAACUGUAAGAAAAUGAGAACAAAUUUUUAAAAAAAAUAACGUGAAAAUAGUAAUGUUCUGAAAAAAAAAAAAAAAAACUGAAACCCGUAAAUUGUGAAAUCCGAAAUCCGGAUUUUUCGGAUAUUCGAAGAAUCCGGAUUUACGUCACACUUCAGACGCUGCACUGUCUAGUAGAAAACGAGCUGAUCGAAAAUAUUACUGGAAAGACGAUACCUAUUUAUGUUUAUACGAUUUAUACAAUCCGUUUGAUCGUACCUAAUAAUAUUAAAUAGUAUACUCCAUUUUCGUGGAACGUUUAUACAUUCUGACGGUAUAUUAUUUUUGUAAUAAUAACCCAGCUGAGUUAUAACGUGUGAACGCCAAGUGUUUACUGAGAAAAAAAAAUAAAAAAAUGUAUUUUUAUUCGCAUAAAAUACAAAAAUUAUCAACCAUGAAACAACGUGUUUGUCAUUGAAAACAUAGAAAAAUAGUAUCGAAAAAACUAUAAUAUAUUCUUGUAAUUAAAUCAUAAUACAAAAUAUUUAUUAUUUUUAUUCAUGAAGGCUAUUGCGAAGGAAACUGUAACUCAAAAACUAUAAUACGAUAUUAAAAAAGCUGACCUAGGAUAAUGAGGACGGGUGAAGUCAUUGUUAUAGGUAACUUAACGUAUAUCUGUAAGCAACGUUAAACUAUUGCUAACGAAAAAACGAUUCUGAGUGGAAUUCAGUUGAUAGUGAUGUUUCGAGAACAAUAUAUGUUAUAUUGUGGUAAAAUUAUUAAAUAUAGACAUUAUUAUUAUAAUGUUAUAAUAUAUUUUCUUUAAUAAUGUUAUUAUUUUGGUUUUCCCUGGUCUUCCCAUGGUUUUUCCCAGUUUUUUCAUAUUUGCUGGGAAAACUCUUCGGACACCGAUUUCAUUUUAGAAAAAAUGCUACACUUAAAAAUCGGAGAAAGAUUUCUGGUAGGUAUAAAAGUUGCGCGCAGAAAAACAAAAAAAUAAACAGUUUCGUAAAACUUGCAGCCGAAUUAGAAAAAAAAAAAGAUACCCCGAAUAAUUACCUAGGUCAUCACUUGGUUAUGAUUAAGGUAAUUAACAAUAUUGUGUUAUGCCUUGGUGGCUUCUAUACAAAAACCGAAAUCUGUUAAGUACUCGAUUUUUUUUAUCAAUACAUUUUAUUAAUAAUAAUAGUACUAUCGAUGAAAUCAAUAGAGUAGGUGUAAAAUAAUCACUACAAACAUAUAAUUUAAUAAUAAUAGGUAUAAUAUAUUAUAAUGAUAUACAUGUACUUGAGAGAUAAAAUCUAUGUGUUCACGUAAAACAAUCAAAAAGGCUUUGAAAGUCAGUUUUCGAGACAUAACAUAACCUAUAUUUUAAAAUUUUAAAAAGACUACGUCAUUUUGAAGACAGUCUUAACAACAUUUUUUAAAUGUUAUUUAAGUAUUAAAGUCACAUAAAAAAAACAAAAACUAAUUUCAAAAUACAAUUUGUUUUUUACCUUCGAUAUAAUUUGUUGAAUAUUUAGAGAAUUGUAAAACGCCGACGGGUUUGUCUUCAAAAUAUCAUCAUAUACGAAUUUUUUUUUAUUGGUAUUUUAUUUCCGAAAUCGAUUUUCGAAAAGCCCUUUUCGUUUGUCUUACACGAACACAAAUGUGUGAACAAAUGUUCAAUAUUGUCCGUCAGAAAGACAGAGACGUCAGCUGCCACCGGCCCCGGCCUCUGAAUAAUAAUAAAUUGAAAUGAAUAAAAACGAUAUGUAAUUAAUUAAUUUGUAUGAAAAGAAAAAAGUAAUUACUUACCUGCUAUUUUCGUAAACGCAAUAGUAAAUAAAUUCAUAUAGAAAAUGUUACCUAGACCUAAUUAUUUUCCGAACAAAAUAAAUGGAUGACCAUCAAAAUCCAAAGAUUAAGUAAGUAGAUAGUAAAAGCAUUGCCAUUUUAAUGACGUUCGAAUAAAAUAAAUAAGAGCCGGCAGAACUCGGGAAUUAUAAACGUUUUUCUUCUGUAUAAUGUCAUUUUGAAAAAGAAGAAAAAAAAACCCGGAAAAAGAAUGAUAAAUGUUUCCCUAGAGAUGACGUAGUCUGCGAUGGGAAAGAGGUACACAGAAUCAUACAAAGAGGGGUGGGCGACUUCACUCUGGCAUUUAUGAAAUUGGACGGCGACCGACUUUUAUAAUUUAAACUCUGAGCUUUUGUGAUAAUAAUAUUAUAAGAUCAGCGUAAGAUAGUCGUUUGUAUUUACAUAUAUUAUAAUAUAAAGGUUGAGUUUGUAAAAUGUAAUUUUUUUCGUUCGUUAAAAAAGUCACGACUUGCAAAAAAAAAAAAAAUAAAUGGUGAAAAAUAAGCUCGGGAAUAACUUAUUUUACGCACACCUACACUCUAAUAUAAUUAAAUUGUUAGCGACUUGCAUCGCGGUUGGUAACAAACAAAUAUAUACAGAUUAACAAUGUUAGGCAGUAACUAUUGUUAAAUGUUAAGUUAUAGGAAGUUAAUUUUCUUUGUUAACUUUUAACUAAACUAUAGUUAAAAUAAAAAAAAAAAAACAUAUUUUAGAAAAAAUAACUUAUUUAAUAAAUUAAUUAUUUCUUUCAAUUUUUAACGAAUAUCGUUAACUCAACUCGAUUGUUGUUGUUAUUCCGAAGUAGUUACUUACGAAUUUUUUGUAUUCAAAAAAACUGUGUGCUUCAGUUGUUCACAAUUUACGUUUCGGUAAAAAUUAACUUAAAUAUUUUGCUCAGUUUUUUUUUUUCCUUAUAUGAUAAGAACGAUCAAAGUAGUUUUAAAAGAAAAAAAAACUGUUCACUCACCCAGUUUAGUUUACGCGGGCCGUGACGAAUCUAGACGAAUUUGCGUACGAGUAUUAUACACGCUUAAAAUGUCCGGUCAAUUUAUUUUAUUAGUUAUAAGUUAAUUAUUGUAACGUUAGACAUGUAUAUAGGACAACACUGUAGAGAUAACCUUCUGUUAAAAAGGUAUAACCACAACACACGAUUACACGCGUGGACUUUUACACGACAUUAUAACACCAUCAUGAAUCAUUCACCUAUUUCGCAAUACACAAUAAUAUUGGCUGUAAUACGAGUAUACCUACGGCCCAAGUACGAACAUGAUAAAUAUUAUAUUAUACUUUGAAGCGCUUUGAAAAAUAUUUCCAGAUAUUAUUAUCGGCUUGGAUUUUUACGGUAGGUACUAAUGUCAUUUUUUUGUUUUCUGUUCCAAAACGUAGUCCCGUAGUCAAUUUCGUAUUGCAUUAAUCGUUCACCACGGGUUUAGCUUUCUAUUAUUUAUAUAUGAUAAACAAUUUUCUAGAUGUUUAAAUCGUUUUUACGUUUAUUUCCAUCGUCACAAUUUCAAUCGUAUCACGUUAAAAAUAAAGGUCCCACGGAACUCCGAGACGCGUUGUUUGUCCCAUCAUUCAAACUCGUACAAUAAUAUCACAAAUAGUCUCGUCAGUUUCGAUAAAAUUUCUAUCGACCUUCCAGCAGCGAAAUAAUCAAAUACUCAGACGGUACAUAUCGUAUCGAUCGUUUUCAAAUGAACUGGGCUGGACACGUUAAAACGUCUCUGACGAUGAAAUGUGUUUACGCACGACUGUUUUUUUUUUUUUUUUUUUUUUAUAUAAUUUGUUUACGCUACACGCAACUCGCCGGGCGCGAAAUCAACAAAUAUAACUUUUAAUCGACACCAAUUACCGAUACUGUUCGAUAAUGACAACAAUAACAAUGACGCACACUUCUUAAUACACCGGCAGGUUUUCUUACUUCCUAUAUUACGUAUUGAACGUUACCGACGGACAAUACAGGCGCGUUCUCCGGCGAAUAAUAAUUAAUUUGGUCGACGACUUAGAAUAAUUACGAUUGGGAUGCGCCUCUACUAUUAUUAUUACGACGGUCGGCCACGAUAAUAUCAUGGUAUGAAAUAUCCACCGAGGUCUACAAAAUUAAUUUGUACGGUUUCGCGUUACGUAUUCCGAGCGCGUUUAUUUUUGAAUAUAAUAAUAUUAUAUCUCGUCCGAGUCAGUGCAGUCGUGCCCGGGAAUGUUCAAUGACAAGGAACGUAGUAAAUAAUUAAUAAUAACCAUCGUAGAAUUUUCUUUUCUCGUAGCGUAUCUACACAUACAACCCGACACAAUGAGAGUUUAGAAGCCAGAUCUAAAAAAAAAAAAAAUAUCCAAUUAUUUGUGUUCAAGGAAUCCAGUGUAAAGAAUGACUGUUUGCUGAACAUACGAUAAUUUCAAAAUGAAAUUACUGUAUAAAUUGUCAUAUUCGCUUUUUUUUUUUAAACCAAUGGGAGAUAUAAUCCCUCCCCACUCGCGACCUUCACUGGUUAUCGAUCUCGCGAUUAUUGAAUACACGGGAGAGUUAAAAAGUCGUGUCAGUCGUGUGAUUAACUUUUAACAUUUGCAAACAAAAGGCAUGGUUUUACUCUAACGUGUGCGUUUUUUUUUUUUCAUGUCUGUGAACAAAUUUUCUACCAGAAAUCUUACUUCAAUCAAAAGCUUUACGGGAACAUUUUUGUAUCAUGUUUAAUCUAAUUGGUGCAUUUCAUUGGAAUUUUUGUAUUUUUCUUGUAGUUGUCUUAAUAAAUUAAAAAACUGGAAAUUUUGUUUUGUACAAUUUUUGUUUAUUUCCGGGUCGAGUUGGCCACAACUGAAGAAAUACGACCAACGAUACUCCGCUCAGAGUCGUUUUUCAUAAGCGCUAACUCGUUAUUAUUAUUUUUGAUUCCGAGUAAAGCGAGAGCUCUAUUGGUUUUACUAUGAUGUGUGUUUUAUAUUUUUUUUUUCUGUCCGUAAAAAAAUUGUCUCCUAGAAAUCUUGUUCCAAUCAAAACACGACAAGAGACCUUUUUUUAUUACAUUUUCGCUCUAGUUGGUACUUUGGAACGGUCGUUUUUUUGUAACUCUCAUUUAUGUUCGAAACAAUGAGAAAAAACUCGUUUAAACAUAAUAUGGUUUUCAUUGGCCACCGUAUUUUUUUUUUAUCUAUUUUCUGUUAUUGUUGGCCCGGCGAAAACGCGCAUUGGUUAAGAAACGACAUUUAUACUAGGUGUCGACCGAUACUCCGCUCAGAAUCGUUUUUGGUAAGCAACGGUUGCGUACGGAUCUAAAUCGAAUUCCCUUCUACGUUAUAUCUUAACUUCCCGAUGUUUCUCACGCGCAACAGUGGCCCGCCCGUGGUGUCGAGUAUGUCCGUCCGUAUUUUUCCGUUUGUUUUCCGUAUCCACGAUAUUCACCAGAAUUAUUAACGUUCACCGGUAACUAUACCGGCUGCCGUCCUCGGUUUCCGGACAAUAGGUUAUGCCGUUGUCUUUGCACGAACAACGAGCGAUAUAAAACAAUAAAACAAUAAAUGUUAUUAACGGCGCCGGCCUUUUCGCUCGGCCGCGGACUCGCAAAAUAACUCGUUAUUUUGCGGCGGACUCGCGCUCGGUUUCUCCGCCGUCGCGAUAAUAUCAUUGCAUUCCUUCGGGCGUGUCGGACCGCCCGAGUUACCGCGAUCGCGAUAAUAAUAUCGUCGUCGUCGCCGCGAGCCGUAAACAAUAAAGACGUUACCGCUGCCGUUGUUAUUUACCGCGUUCCGCGGAAGGAGCGUAAUAACAUUAUAAUAAUAUCAACACAAUGCCCGUCUCGUACGCCUCUCUCCGUCAUGACGCCCGGCGAACAGACACAAAAGGGCCCGCGAACGCACUUGGCCGACCGUUUCGAGUGCGAGUCGCGCGCAGUAUUCGGGGCCGUCGCCGCGGCGUACGCUCUGUGUUCCGCGGCGCGCACGUUCGGCGGCGGCGGCGGCGGAUUCUGAAAUUUGACCGGCCCGGGAGAAUUCCGUUUCACCGGCCCAAUUAUUGGUUUCGUUGUGUAUUUGUUCUUGUUUUUACGCGGGGCCAAUCAUUGCCGGGCAACAGAAACGCGCUGGCUAUCAGAAUAUCGGAAAACGCGCACCGAGUUUUCGCCUAGUUCUGACGAGUUCUUCCGAAGUCCUCGUCAGAAUUCACAUCCGUAGGGACCGUAGCAUCCCGGUGGCGGUUUUCGGUAGGGCGAUCGGGGUGAUCGGUUAACAAGCGUAUGUUAUGUAUGUUCUGUAUGUGAGCAACGAUAAACCGUUGCUAACGAAAAAACGAUUCCGAGCGGAGUUCAGUUGAUAGUGAUGCUCUGUCGACAAUAUAUACAUAUAUAUAUAUAUGUAUAUAUGUCAUGUUAUGGUAAAAUAAUUGAACGUGCAUUAUGCAUUUUCUUUAAUAAUAUUUAUUUAAUAUUAUACCGGUUUUCCCGUUUUUCCUGCGUUUUUCCCGUUUCUCGGCGGUAAUAACGUAGAAAAACAUUGUAGCGCGUACACGCACGGGUGUAUUUCGGUAUUCCUUCCGAGCGCAUCGGACCGUCGCGGAGUAAAGGCAUCCCGCCGUCGCACGGUCGUUUAAUCAUUUUUUUUUUUUUUUUAAGUCUUACGCAGGCCGUCCGUCGCGCGUUUCCCGACAGUACCGAUUUCAUCUGCCGUCGUAAUGUUAUGAUACCUGUAUCGGAUCCGGGUAAAAAUCCCGGCACCGAAAUUUCGAUUCCGACGGGAUCGAAAUCCCCGCAGUCACCCACCGUACAAUAUUGAAGAGGCUUUAUUUAUGUACUCUACUCUAUUAUAACGCAACGAGUUAUUGAAUGUAUUGAUUUUAAUGUAUUAAUUAUAAAUUUAAAAAAAUAAAUAAAUACAUUUUUUUUUUUUUUUUACAAGCAGAUAACCAGUAUAAUAUUUAGGGGACAUAAUUAGGCGAUCACUUACAUAGUCUCAGGGGAUGAUUGUCGGGAUUUCAACCCUGACGGGAUUGUAACUGACGGGAUUUCGGUGUCGGUUAGGUUAAUUGUGACCCCUGUAUCGCAGACGUCACUUGACGUAAAAUCACGGCGUAGCGAGCGUCUCGACGAGUAUUUUGAAUUUAGUCGCGGUCUGUAACGAAACGAGGAAACAGUCGCGGUGGAUCACCAACAAGCCAAGUGAAAUUAUUAUUGUUCACAUAGGAAUUCGGUAGAAAUAUAUCGAAUACGCGUAUAGAACUAGGGUUGAGUAUUCUUAAGAACGUGGGCCGUUAGUGUAAAGUGCACAAAUAAACGAUUCGUCGAUUACCCGGGUUCAGUUAUUGAUUUCAACUCACUAUACGUCUGUAUACACAUAAAUAAAAGUCUUUGGUGCCGAGCUAAUGUAUAACAGUAUGCGCGAUAAAAUAAUUAUUUGAAUUUCGGAUAUUGAAAAAAAAAAAAAAAAAAACGUCUGUUCGUGUAACUGAUUGGGCCACACCGCGAGCAACGGGUUUCGGGGGGCGAAUUAUCAAUCGAAUUGUAUAUUUCGUAUGGUGCUCGCGUUCUGCGGUUAAUUGCGUUCGAUUUUCACGAGACGUAUUUGCUCGUCGUGGCGUAGCGUGGCUGUCGAUUUGCGAUCCCCCAUGAAAAUGUCGGGGUGGCGGCCGCUACCAACCGCUACCCGCGGUAACGGCGACCCGCCGACCUGUAAAACACACGCGCGUAUACAGAACGAUCGGCCGUACACCGCCGGACGACUGCAAUUUAUCGUGCCGUUAUUGCAAUAUUACGUUAUCGGUCCGGGGUCGUCGAACGUUGGCGCGCGAAACGUGUUUCAGUCGGAUUCGAAUAGCGACGGACGGACGGACGCAUGUCAUUAUUAUGUAUUGCGGAGCGAAGCUAUUAAUAUUACAAUAUUAUAGUGCUUUUGCUUUGGUUAGCGAAAACGAACGUUUCCUAUAUGUUAUUAUUAGCGCUCGGGUUUUGUAGCGAAAUAAAUCAAUCGAUCAAAAAUGGCAUUUUGUGUAGCCCGCGAGAACAGAAUUUUUUUUUAAAUUCGAUUCUAAAAAAAAAAAAAAAAAAAACAAAUAUUGUUUGGUCAAGUUAUCUCCGUCGAAACCCGUCGUCCUGUUAGGCGCCAAUACAUUUUUUAUACGCGGAAAAUGAUCUUUCCACGUCAACCGAAGUAAUCGGCGCAUAUUCCGUAAUAUACACUGUAUCAUUUAAAUCGCACUGUUCCACAUUAGUGUCUGGUGCAGUGCCAUUGUGAAUGCUACAACGAUAAUUAUUUCAUCAGUUAUCCAUUUAUUACCGGUUUCUCUGGUGGUUUUGUAAUUAGUUUUUGACCAUAAUAAUAAUAUAAUCGAAAUAUAACAUACAUAUUUUACUGUUAAAUUUUCAUGAAAAUUACGUAAAAAUUGAGAAAACAAACAUACGGGGAAAAAAGCCAAAAACAAGUUUGCUGUGUUGAAAUCAGAACGAUUCAAAACGUAUUUAUACACGGGAAUUAUCAUUCUAUCGCGCUCCCAUAAAAAAAAGAAGCAUUUGCCACGAAAUCCGAACCCUAGCUAUUGUACUCUCGGAUUGACUGGUAUAAAAUGUCUCCGAUUCCGUUCUCGAACUAUCGUUGUGACAGAAAACCGUUUAACCGUUUACUAUUGCGGUGCGAUACAUUUACGAACAAUAACGUUUAAAACGCACGCGUUACGAUUAAAACCGCAUUUGAAAGGGAGGAACACGUUUAAAACGGACAGGCUGUUGUUUAAAAAAUGUGUUUUUUUAUGCAACCCUGAUUGCCUCUAUAUUAUAGCCACGCGCUCGUGUAAUUAAUUUUCCGCUCGUUGUUAUCACUGCAGUACUAUUGUAAUAUUACGUAGUUUUAUUAUAUUCGGCGGCGCCGACGGUAUAAUUACACACACACACACACACACAUAUACUCGAAGGUAUAUAUGCACCCGACACAUUUCUAAUUUGUUUUUUCUUUUAUUAUGAUUGCGUUUAUUACGGCACAAGGCCGCCGUCGUAGUUGUUAAACACCGUUGCGUAAGACUGCGAGGAGAGUGUAUAUUUUUACAUUGAUAAACAUUAUUAUUAUUAUUGUUACGGUUAACGACACACUCAUCGCGUCCGUCAAACGACUAAUUUUCUAUCAUUUUUGUUUGUUUUUUUUUUUUUUCUAAAUAGCAAAUUAUACCGAAAAAAAAAUUGAGAUUUUUAACGUUGACAAAUGGCCCUUCGGGUUAUGGGAUACCCGCCUAAUUAUCGAGUUUGCGCAUCGAAAGCGACGACAAAUCGUCGCGACCGUAAACGGCGGUAUUAACGGAGCGCGGAACUCGGUAAACCGAUAAAGUUUAUCAGUCGCGAGUUGUUGCGCCCCACGCAGUCUGCACGGUAACUCAGCAAUCGAUAGCAAUAAAACCGAUGUAGAAUAUUUUCGUCGUUACAGUUUUUGGUUAUUGAAUUUCCCGGGUUUUUUUUUUUUCAAUACCGAAGUACUACUAUACCAAGCGGAAAUUCCGCAUCUUUUGAGGUACGCCGUGGAAAAAAAAUCGGAACAUUUUUUUUUUUCUAAUCGAAAAUAUGACGGGCCCGAACCUAGUCACGCCGCCGCCGCCCGGUCAUUAUUCUCGUAUUUUUCAUACCAAACAGCCGUCGUCGCCGUUAUUUUUUCACAUUUUUCGAAUUUAAAUAUGUACACGCUUUCACCCGGGAGACGAAGGUAAUCUUAAGCUCGUAUACAAGUGUAUCGAACUAUGCCUACUGCAGGCUCGUUUCACCCGUUUUCUCGAAAUACCAAAAAAAACCGCCGCGAGACCACUCGGUCGCCGACCGGAGACCAAUCGUCCGUCUAAAAGGUAUUUGUUUUUUUCGGACACGCUUAAUAAAAUCUAUAUGAUAAAAUAGUCACGGAUUCGUGUUAAUGAAAUUUCCACAGAGGGAGGCGGGAAGGAGAUAGGGAUUAUAAUCUCCCCCUCCCCAUUUACUUAAAACUGCAAGCCGGGAAAGGAAUAUCUUUUAAAUUCGUUACUUUAAAAUGUAGUUAUAUUAAAAGCGUUUAGUAAAUUAUAAUUUUUUUUUUUUUUUUUUUUUAUUAUUAAUUGAAUAAAUUGGCUUUUUUUUGGAUUGAAAUUCGAAUUGCUCAAUGUCGGGUUGUGUCCACAACGCAGAAGAAAAAAUUUCACGAUUUAUCCACGAAUCGUAGGCGCAUAAUGCGUGUAUAACAAUAUUAUACGAGUACACUAUAUCAAAUCCUUUCCAAUCGACAGUUCCUGGCCGCGUCACCGUCCACGGGUGUGUAACUAUCGCAUACCGCACGUACUUAACACACGGAGAUGAUAACAUCGUUUUUACGUACGCUCUGCGAGUAUAUUAUAUCCGUACGGCUUAUUACUCGGUCCGUUCGCGGUCUUUCGUUUUAUAAUACACGCGUACGUGCGUCAGAUCAUAGCGCGUCGCGGGUAUUCCGGACACGUGGUAUUUUUCUUCUUCCUCCGAUGAGUGUCCGAUGGUAACGAACAUUCUACUAUAACGUUAUAGGCACUUUUGAAACCCACGUCAUUCGGUUUUGUAAUACUUUCACCGCGAGCAGACGUAACCCGGUACUGUAAUAAUAGUAUUCGAAUAAUAUCCGUAACGUUAUAAAAAGUGCGAGCGCGGCCUGCGCCCCGAACCGUACUCGCGUGUUUACUCGAAAUAAUACAUGCAAAAAAUAAAAAAAAACCGUCUAUACCAGUCACCCGUAGUACGCGCCCCGUAGAGUUAUAAGGCUAAUAGUCGUAAUAUAAUAAUGACUCUCUAAAUCGGUGUAGCUAUGAUUUUUUUUUUUUUUUUUUUUUUGGGGGGGGGGAGGGGGGAAACGUAAAUAAAACGGAAACCGCGCUACCGUACUCUCCGGGACAUUUUGAAAACGCAUUUCCUCCUCCACACGAUUUCGAAUUGUUGAAUAACCGAAUGAUCCGAUAGUAAAACAUCAGAUGGCACGUAACGUUUUCCGCUUAACUAGUGUCGUUUUGAUGUUUUGUUAACAAUAUCGUGCGACUCUUUGAAACACGAAUUUCGUAUACAGUCAAGAGGUAAAGUAAGGCGGCUCCACUGGAUAUUAUAUUCGCGGGACCGUUAUGAAUCUAUACGACGCCGCCUCGGAAUGAAAACAUAGAUUUUAGGGAGUGGGGGGGGGAAUGAAUAGUUACUAUUAUUUGUAUACGUCUGCGCGGACGACCGUUUGCUAUUUUAUUUUAGAUUCUGAUUGGAGCGAAGAAGCUUAUGGUUUUACAUAGAUGUUUUUUUUUUCUGUGAACAACUUUUCUACCAGAGAUCUUGCUCCAAUUUUCAAGCGUAGCACCUUUUAUGAAAGGAAAUCAUUAUGGGAAGGCACUUUCAGAGGGCCAUUUUUUGAUUUUCCCAAGAUUUUUAUAAAUAUAUUAUCAAUAAUUAACAAUAGAUUCACGUUUAAUGUAGAAACGUAUAUUAUAACCAUUUAAUAAGUAAUAUGUUGGCAUCGGAAUAGUUACAGAUGGUGUUUUUUUUUUUUUUUUAUACAUAUAUAUAAUAACAAGGAUACAAUUAAAUCAAGUAAGGUUACGAAUCUUUGAUUUUUUGAAAUAGACUACUAUAGCGCAUCACGAACUAUGAUGGUUUCUCUUAUAUUCACUAUUUAAUUUAAAUCUAUUCAGUUAUUUAAAUUAUUUGUUAUCCAUAAACGACAAUUUUUUUUUAACGAUUAAUCCACUGUAUUAUUAUACAUUAAAUAAUUUCAAAUGUAUACUAGUCGAACCUUCAUAUGAUGAUUUAUGUGUACAUAUACGAAAUAUAUUUCGUUGAUGGAUGCGCCUUUGAGAACAUUAACUGAACGUCUCACUCCUGCCAAAUUAACAUAUAUUUUAUUAUUGUUCGGUAUAGAGCUAAAUAUACUGUACGAAUUGUUACUACGCGUCGAUAUAAUCUCGCGUAAUUUAUAAAGGCUAAAACUCAAAAUACGAAGACGCAUUGCUAUAAGUUGUUCGCGUGUAAAUUUCAGCUCGUGCGUUUUCGGUGGUUAAUUUCAAAUAACGUAUGCUUGAGACUCUGGAUAAAGUUUUACAUUCUAUACCAUAGCACAAGUUAUUGUACGAUCGCAAAAGUGUAACCUGUAAUUUAAUCGUCAACAUUUUCUUCUUUGUUAUUCAUCGUGAAGUUCGUAAACAUAUUAUGUGGCCAACUGCACAUUUUUGUAUCCUUGAGCAUUGAAUAACGUUACCGCGACAUUACCUAUAUACUUUCACUCAUUUCACUUUCUAACGCGCGUAAAUCAACACAGUCCGGUUCACGUGAUAAUAUUAUUAUUAUAGACAUCGGCGCGGCGGCCCGUGUUUGGUUUGAUGAAACCGUUGAAAAUCGUUUUCCAGACAACAAAGAUAUUAUUAAUAAUAAUAAUAAAAAAAAAACCGUAAUACGUUUAUGCAUUACGUGGUCGUGAUAUUGUUGACAACGAUUGUCAACGGAAUGCGUUUGCGUACACCGAUAACGCAUGGUAGUGUAAUGAAAUCUAGGGGAAAAAAGCGAUUGAAAAAAAAAAAACGGAAAAAAAAGGCAAUGAAAGUAAAGCAAAUGAAAAAAAGGCAUAUAGGCAUUGAAAACAGCAAUAUACAGGUAUAAUUAAUAAAAAAUUAAAUAGGUUACCAAUGAUUAUUUACCUAAUUAAAUACAAUAAGUCAAUAUACCUAAAACAAAAAUUUAAAAUUAAAAAAUUAAACUAAAAUAAAAUAAUUGUAUUGCUAAAUGGUAAUGGUUAAAUUCAAACCUAAUCAUUUGAAUCAUAUAGUAUGAGAUAUUGUUGAUAAGUAAAAAUAUUAUUUUUUAAAUGUUGGUUAAAAGAUUUUUUUUAUUGCUUUUUUGUCGUUGCUUUUUUCAGUUGCAGUUGUUUCCCAUUACCGGUGAAAUGACGUCGAAUAAUCUAACGGUGAACACUGCAUUGAAUCAGCAAAACAGUGUUGAAAAAACGCGAAUUAUUUUCAUUUGAAACGACUUGAAACAAUACUUGAAAAAUACGCUCAAAGCGAUUCGAAACAAAUUUAUUAUAAACCUCAAUAGCCGUCGCGUAAAAAAUAAAUUGUCCCGCAAAGUUGUGCGCACAGCAACGUAUUGAUGUUCAUAGCAAAUAACUUGUUAAACGACACGAUUUAGAAAAAAAAAAAAAAAAGACUAAAAACAAAAAUAAAUUUUAUUUUGAUAAUUGUAAAAUAAAAUAAAAUAUCUAAAACUGUAAUUAAUUUAAAAAAAAAAAAAAAAAACUGACGGCGUUUAAAGCGAAAAUAUUUUGUUUUUUCCCGUGCCUUGUGGCCGCGCAGAUUAUUUUCAGAGAUUUAUUUUUAGGAAUAUGCGUGUUUGGCUGUCUUGUACCCAUGCAGUUGUGCGUUUUAUCCCACGCCUAUAAAAAUACAGUUUUUACAAACAAUAUCUGUCCCACUGGUAAUUAUUAUCUGGCAUUAGCGAUUGAUUUGAUAUAAUAUAUAUAUAUAUUAUUAAAGUUGAUAAUUAAAAUUUUUUUUUUUUUAAAUUUAUAAAAAGUAACUUUCAUUACACGAAUGCCACGUACACGCGCUAUUUACUUGUCGUAAAUUAUAAAACCUGUUUGGUUAUUACGGUAAACGCCGGCGAACGCGCACAGCUCAGACCGAUUAACCAUCGCGCGCACACCAUUCAACUGUACCGCAGGAACGAUUGAGCUUAAUAUUGCGUUAAUUAAACUAAUUAAACGUCGUGACACAAUGGCUAAGGUACCGAAAUAAACGUUCGGUAAAAUGGAUUUCAGCGGACGCGUCUCGAGGUCUUUUCAAAUCAACAAUAUAAUUAUGAUUCAAAUGUCAUGCAGUGAAAGGCGGGUGAAUUACAUUGUAAGAAGCGUUAGACGCGGAAAAUAAAUGCGAACACCGAAAUUUAUUUCGACUAAAAGCGUCAUCUAUUUACGGGAUUGUCAAUGCAGGUCGGUAUUUGUAAAACGAAAAUCUGUUGCGGUUACAUCGCCAAAAAUAAGGGCGGGUCAUAAACGCAACGGUAAUGUAACGUUGUAGAGCUGCCGACGUUCCAUGAGUUGUCCUCGGAAAAAAAAAAAAAAAAUUCCCGGAUAAAAAGCACUCUGUACAUGAGUAUACGGUAAUUAAUUGCAUUGCUGUGUUACCUAUAUGCGGCUGUAAUAUUUCAGAUUUUCUUCUACGACACAAUUUUCGUUGGACAUUCGCUCGGUUACCGGCCGCCGUAUGGUAUACGAGUGUUGAGUAUAAACAUUCCAGAGGGGAAAAUAUUAAUUCGGAAGCAAACGAGAGAUAGCGCAUUCCCGUAGAAAAAAAAUAAUCGUUUUAGUGUUUUGGUCGUUUUAAAUCCAAUGUCGAUAAAAGUAUAUUAUUCUCAGCGGAUUUCGGGAGCCGUUCGCUUUUGGUUUUAUAAUAACUUAUUUCGCGUCGAAUAUGACGCAUUUUUUCUCGCGGAAAUCUUGUCCGGGUCGUGUUUUUAAAUUUAAAACAAUAAUGAUUUUUAACCAAUAAUCGUCAACCCGCGGCGGCGUCCCCACCGAUUUACUAUCCGGUUUAACGCUACCUAAUUAAACUAAUCGUAUUUACUUUUUCUCUGAUACGUGUUGAUUAAUUAAAUACAAUUAACGCCGCGCACACCGUGGCGAUUCAAAUGGUUUUUAGUUAAUCGGAUAAAUUGUAACAUAAUUGUAUUGUAUUUUUACGCGGAAACGCAUCGGCGGGUUCGUGUUCUCGUCGGUAUACCGAACGAAAACAAUGCGUUUUAACGUAAAAAAAGUUUGGUUGAUUUUGAAUUUUUUUUUUUUUAAUAUACCCGCCUACCUUACCUAUCACAUAAUAUCACACGGGUAGAUAAUAAAAUCGUUUAAAACGUAGGUACGCGCUCAAAAUUUCGAAAAAUAUUGUAAACCCGUUACAAGUACCAAAGGUACGCCCGCCCGAUUAUACGGGAACAUUUAUACGAUUAUUAUUAUUGUAAUCGAACGCCAUUUUCUAUGCUUAUUUUUUUUAAUUUUUUUUUUUUGGGUUCUAAGUGGAGCGAAAAACCCAUUGGUUUUAACAAUACGAACGUGACGUGUGAUUUCCUAUAUUAUUUGUGUUGUACAUGUAAACGAAUUUUGUGCCGGAAAUCUGACUCCAAUAAAAAAAAAAAAAAAACAAAAAUGACAAGACACUGUUUGGUCGCGUUUUAGAUUUAGUUGGUGCAUCGAGGAGGUCGUUUUUCGAUUUACCAAACGGUUACCGCAACGAUCGGGGAAAAAAGGAAAAGUUUAUGACAAUAACGGUUUGAUUAUUUUCAAUUUUCUUUUUCUCUUUUUUUUUUUUUUUGUAAUUCGGUUAAAAAUAAUCGUCAAGACCUGAAAUUUUUACAAAAUAUUAGCUUUUUUUAUACGCGGUUACAUUUUUUAAAACAUUCUAACGGUUUAUAAGAUAUUUACAAUGAUUUGAAAUUGUCAAGGUUUUUUUUUUUUAAUUCUUUUUUUUUGUUUGUUUAAUUAUACGUAUAAAAUAAUUGUUUGGCCAAACAUAAAUGCUUGACGAUUCGAAGCGAAUUGUAAAUUUAAUUAAAUGGUUACAAAAAUAAAAGAUAAGCGUAACGAAGUGGUUUAUUUUUAUGAGCAUUUUAUGAUCACAUUUGCAUGAAAAUUGUAAAUAUCAUGGCAUUUUAAAACACGUAAACCGAACUUUAUUCAGAAACGUAUUUCGUUAGGAAUAGUUUAUCGUUAUGUACAGAUCGAAAUUAAAUAACUCUAUGUAUUCGACCUUUUAAAUUUAUCACCUACGUCCAUCAGCAGUAUCAGCUCUUUUAUUUUUUUAUACGUUAAGAUUUUACUUUUAUGUUUCGAUGAAAUACAUUUCGUCUUUGGUAAAAUUAAAUUAAUAGCCAACAUAAUAUUAUCGUUAGCAUUUUAACACGAACACCUGAUGAAUGGAAUGACAGCACGUAGACAACGGUUUAUGUAAUGUUCUUACUUCCUCUUCAAACUUCCGCUUAAUCGAAACGAUUAUUCUCCUAUACGCAGUUAGGUAAAUAUUAGAACCCCUUCGCGCCGUACCCGUUCCUCAUAUUUGUUCCUUUUCACAUCCCUCGUCUUCCUGCUGACUUCCUUGGAAACGAGCCCACGCACCGUGUCCCUCGUUCCGCCGACUUCGACCCCCUCGUUCGCUUUAUAGACCCGUUUAUUUGUAUACAAUAACAAAUGUAAUACAUAUCUCGCGUCGUCGCCGUGCGUUGUUAACCAGACAUACGGUUGUUGAAUGGGAACUGUCGUCCGUUUGUACGGAAAAAAAUACAAAUAAAUUUAACCCGCGUGCAAACAAAUCGGGCACGUGCCCAACCGAUAAAACGCGAGUGUGCAUUGCGCAAUAACGAAAUAGAAAACGUUUUAUAACAUAAAUUAUCGAAACAAUGUUUGUCCGUCAGACGGCGCGCUCUACAAACACGACGAUCGCUAUCGGCCGGCCGUGAUUAUCCUGUUCGGCCAUAAUUAUUACGGUCAUAAGUGCAACGAACGCGCGUUAUUCCGCCGGUAAUUUUUAAUUUUCGUCGGGCAAACCGGGCAUCCAAUUAAAUCGACGUGGAUCACGAUUUUUUAAAAAUAAUAAUAUGCAACACGCGAAAGUACGGGCAACUAAGUAUACGCGAUUAGAGAUCGUACAAGCAGAUUACCUAUUACUGGCUGUACCGUCAAUACCGUGCGGGUUACGCAUUUUCUAACGCUGUACACAGUUACAUUGGUAUUAACAAGUGUAUUUGUUAUAAUUUAUGACCGCACGCUGUAAAACAACUCGUGAAUUACCGAUCACAGAUAACCACCUAUAAUACAAUAAUAAAACAAUGCGUAAAUUCAACGCGCAUUUCAGAAAUCAUUUUUUAAUUCUUAAUUUGUACACUCUACGAACAGUCGGAAUUGAAUUCAAUGUAAACCGAACACUAUUCGCAUAUUUAUGCAAACGGAUUCCACCGGUUACCGGUCUUUUAAGGCCGCUACGAAUCGGUUUCCGAGCUGUUAUUUCGGAAAAUAUAGAAUAAUUUAACCGGGUUUUUAAUCACUGUUUAGUUCCUACCACGGUCAUCUACACAGGCAGGCCUAAGGAGUGUUAUCGCUGUCGUAGCGGCGUUUGUGUGAACUAUUAACGCUAGUAGUUAACGACCCGAUUUCAACAUGUAUAUGUUCUAUUUGACACGCGAUUGUUCAAUCUAUAAUUUAGGUGCUUAGUUUUUUUUUUUUUUUUAUGUUUCAUGUAAUUAUUUAUGCGAAAAAUAUGAAAAACUAUCAUUUUCCCAAUGAUUUACGUGUCAAAAUCGGGUCUUCGACUGCUAGCCUAUAGUUCACACAAACAGCACUUCGACAGAUCGAGUGUACGGGCGGUAUAGCCGCGUGCUCCAACCCGUAUAGAUAACCGUGGUUCCUACGUAAAGAUGUGAUAUAAGUUUAUCGGGGUCGAGUCGCGUCUAUUUUAGGUGCACACCUAGAAGAACUGUGCCAUCGUUAUUCUCUUUUAUACAACUAUCUUUUUUCUUGUUUUUUUUUUUUUAUUCAACAUCAUAUUAUCGGUGUGCGGUUCACGGUUUUAGUUUUCCAAAGAUAAUUUCAUAUUACAAUAAUAUUAUAAAACGCGUAGCUACCGACUGGAAUCGAAAAAAACCCGUAUAGUCGCUGUUUGAAAAUCAAAAUCGUUACGUUUAUUAAACGUUAGAGGUAAACGUUUCCUAAAAACGUAUACUAAAAAAAAAUAAAAAAAAAAUUUAAAAACGCGUAUGCGAUACGAAAAACGAAGAAGAAACAGCAUCACGGGGGUAACCCGGUACAAGGAUUUUACACAGAUAGAAAAUCCGCCCGUGCCGGAGUGAUCGAAUCAAAAAAUUAAAUUUAAAAAAAAACCGUGACAAAUAUAUAACCAGCAUAAACUUUAUGUAUUUAUCAUAUUGUAUUUUAUAUUUAUAAACCGAUUUCUGCUUGAUAUUUGACUCGGCGUACGCACGGGAGAAACGUUUAAAGAAAUUGUCGAUUUAAAUUUAAAUGUUUAAAUCGUAUUUCUAGGACCUAUGGAUAAAAAAAAAACGCAAUUUACUUUUUUAUUUAUUACGGUACCUAUCGUGUUCUCCGUAGGCCCGAAUAAUAAUUUUUUAUUUAUAACAUACGGGAUUCACGCUCGCUUCAUAUUAAUACGGUGAUCAGGUUCGUGUUUGCGUUUAUAUGUAGAGCUUUCAUAUUAUGCACAAGACCCAAACCAGGUGGGAUAAGAGGCCUGCAGCUCCCCCCCUCAUCGAUAUGAAAGUCGCUGCAAAUGUCUUAAAUUGUUAUCUUUGUUUUGUUAUCUUAUCGUAUAGUUUACGGACGAAAAUUUGUCAGUAUUCAAUAUUCGAGUGCGCACCGUAGCAGAGUAAUAAUACGAUUGUUUUUUAUUCCGACUACACACACACGCAUAGAAGUUCGCCCGUCCGCCAAAAAGAAUAAUCCUGGCUACGUCACCCUGUAUAAUAUUGUAUAGAUAAUAACAUUUAAAAAGCAAAGUAUAUACUAGUAUGAUAUAAUGUUAUGCUACAUCAACAGGAGAGUAGCCCGCGGUGCCGCGCGACCGAAAAAAAUAAGGGACAAAAUAAUGCACUUUUGGUGUAACGCCCGAUUAAAAAAAAAAAAUCGCGAAACUCCAGAGAGCCUCCGGUCACCUGCGGAUCUACGCGUUUCGUGAUUUUUACAUUCUAAAGACUUCAAAUUUUCAAAUCAUUUACAAUUUCUAUAAUAUUAUUAAACACAGAGGUCGCUGUACUUAUUUUAACCUUUAAUGAAAUACGAUAAUUGUUAUAAACAAAUAUAUUUGUUAUUAUUUUUAUUUUUUAAUUCUGAGUAGGCAUAACGAAAAAACUAUUAGUUUUACAUGGAUGUAUUUUUUUUUUCUCAGCGCUUGAACGUUUUGUAAAAACGCUCAGAUUUCGUUCACGUCACCUAUGAGAAAAAGAUACGGAUUUUUCGUUUGAUGGUAGAUACUUCGUUGAAGAUUAAUUUGAAACUCUCCACACUUUUUCCGGAAACUUGCGUUUUAUGGAGUUUUCUUGUGGUUUUUUUUUUAUAGUGUCGUUUGAUUUUUAAAAUCUCUCCGAUUUGUUCACGCGGUACCUUAAUAGAUGUGAUUCAACUUAUAUAUUUCAGCCAACUUACAUUUAUCAUUAUAAAUACGUUUUAUAGAAUGAAAAUUGGACUUUUGGAUCCGCGGCUUUUGAAUUGUCCGAUUAAAAAAAAGCGACUGGGAAAUUAUUUAUUCGAGAUAAUGAUUAAUUAUCACAUCGCAUCAUUGAAAAUUCCUGAACACUCCGCCGAGUAAACUAAACCGCUCUGUAUAUUAUAUCCUACCUUCCGAUGACUACCGGCACCUGUAUCAGUGGCCUACUACUACUCAUGGUGCGAAGUGUGUUCAGUUCUUUUAAAUAUCUUCAACGAAAAACGCGUGUACAAAAUACACAGCUGUUUUUUUCUUCCCUGCAAUCCGAACGGCGUUAUAUUUAUCGCUCUGAUAUCGUUUAGAAAUCGCGAGUCAAUAUACCCGAUAAUAAUGUAAAUAUUGUUAUCGUUAUGCUGAUGAAAACGACGGUCGGUUUAGUUAAUUCGCCUAUUUCCCGUCGAGACCAAAUCAAUUAUUACAAUAGUAUUUGGGUGCAUUCGAAACGCGCAGCCAAAGCGAUUCGAAUGUUAUUACAACGUAGGUAUGUACAUUUUAAGUGGCUGUUUUCGUUAAAAAAUCGGUUUUGACGAGCUGUUUCAUUGAGAAACCCGUUUACAUUGAAAGUUAGUUUCAAAUUUCUCUUUUUACGGGCGCGCGCGCGUGUGUGUGUGUGUUUUUUUAACGUAGAUCAAAUCAUCAUUAUUAUUAAGGACCUAUCUUCGCCGCGGCAGGCAGUACACGCAAUCUGCAUAAUAUGCAGGUACCCCACUGGCCAGCGAAACACGAAUGCCGAAACCGUGAAAGUUGUAUUUUGAAGCAAUUCGGGAAAAAAUAAAAACAGAUUAAUAUACAGGUAUAUUUUAAUAUUAUAUUACAAUGAUACAAAUAUAUUUUUAUUGGAUCAAUAAAUUCUCAAACACGUUAUGUUAUAAUAGCCAAUAGGUUGGGUUUUUUUUUUUUUUUGUUUUCGGUCUAUUAAAGUAACGUUUUUUACACCCGUUGCAUAAAUUAACGCGUGAAAGCUUACGGGAACAUGAAUUAUUGAAGUUUGUCGCCUCGCGUUCCAACGUAUAAUAUUAUUUUUCAGGAGAAAAAAAAAAUAGAAAUUUUACACUAUAAAACGCCGUUUUCUCAAACUGGUAACACGGUCGAAACCAGUUUCUCCUCCUCACGAACAUCGACGCGAUUAGAAAUUACAGUGGCUGCCCGAUAGUAAAGGUAUUACACUAAACCGUAUAAUCACAUGACGGGUGUAUCACGAGGAUUCGACAUAUUAUUUCAAUGUAAAAUUAUCGAAUUCCCAUGAUGACACAGUACUCCGUGUAUGCGUAAUUUAUUAUGCCAUCUCGAUAACAUUAUAUCAUUCCGUAAAAUAUUAUCGAACCCUUCAUUAUAAUAUAUCGCGACUGUUCGACGCCAGACAAUGCGCGAUUAUUAUUUAAGUAUUUGACGGACAGUCAAGAAUUUGCAUCCGUACAGCAAAUUCUACUUUUCCGCGAAAUAAUAUGCGGACCGCAGUGACUUGUAGUACACAAAAAUCGACUAAUGCGUGAGAAUCCUUACGUGGUAAAUAUAAUUCGUAUUUUAUGCCAAAACGCCUGGAUAUUUACUAUACAUUUUCAGAUGUAUUAAAAAUAAUCCAAAGUGAUAUCUAUAUUUGAAUACGGUCCUCUACAAAAGAAAAAAGUAAAAAGAAAAAAAAAAAAGACGUCCUAGGAUAACGGGGACGGGCGCAACGACUGUCAUAGGUAAUUUAAUGUGUUUUUCAGUUAGCAACGAUUAACCAUUGCUAAUGAAAAAAACAUUUUUGAGCGGGUUCGGCUGAAUAUCGUCAUAUCGCGGUAAAAUAAUUACAUGUAGGCAAUAGACAUUUUCCUUAAAAAUAUUUGUUCAACAUUGUACCUAUUUUACCGUUUUUCUCGGAUUUUCCGUUCAUUGGGAAAACAAAUGAGAAAAUCAAAUAAACGACCUUAAUUAAAGUACACCGAUUUCCUUUCGGAAAAGGCGCUACACUCAAAAAUCGGAGAAAGAUUUCUGGUAGAAAAUUGAAAUUAUAUAAUUAAUAAAAAAUUAUAUCUAUGUUUUGUACUUUUUUUCAUACCUGAUGUACCGAUCCAUUUCGUGUCGGAUUGCUAUAAUACAUCAUGUAUGAUUUUUUUAGUGUAUAGUAUUUAACCUAGUAAUUAUAACCUAUUUAAAUUCGAGUAACCUGUUUUCGAAAAAAACGUACGGUAGGCGAUUCGAGUGUGCCCGAACUGAGACCGCUCCGCUGGAAUGCAAUUCAUAAAAUGUAUAAAUAGUCUUCGCAAUAACAUUAUUUUAUAAUUACAAAUGUAGGAGAUCUUUGAGUUUUCUAUUGAUUUUUUUUUUUAAUGAUAAUCCGUUAUGAAAUAAUAAUAUUAUAAAACAUUCAAAUGUUAUUGUGACAUCUGACGGUAGUUUUCGCAAGCAGAGAUCUCCCGAGUUGUCGAUCGCUAGAGAGCGCUGCCGCAUUCGUUCAUCCUUUUUCUGUUUAAUAUUAAUAUUUUUAUUAUUGUUAUUAUUAUGAUACUUGUCGUCACGAGAGAGUGCCACGAUAUUCGAAUAGCGUAAAAAGUUUUUUUUUUUUAUUAAUAUCGAUCGACGACUGACAAUGAUGUGCGCUGGAUAGAUCUGUAUUCUGCAAAACAUCGAAUCACCUUAUUAUUAUUGUAUGUAAGACGACAAUUUUGUUUCAAACGCUUCUUCCGGGGAGAAAACGAAACCGUAAUGACUUAUUGUACUGUAGUUUUGUUAUUAACGAAGUAAACAAAGCGAUUGAGAAUCGAGCUAUUUUUACUUGUAAUAGAUAAUAGGUAUGAUACUAGUAUAGUAUUUCAAUUUCAACGUUAACUUAUACGAUUUUAUAAAAUCCACUUCUUUGAGGCCUACAUUUUAUAUUUUUGGUCUGGGUUUUGCUUUUUUUGUUCUAUUUUUUACAUUAUUUCCGAGAUUUUCACCUUAAACCGUGUAUUUUAACAUUAUGAUCGCCGUUAAACGUUUUCCGAAAGUCCACCUAUUGUCGGUAGACUUUACCCAGUUUGAAAAAAAAAAAAAACAACGUGUCUAUCUUUUUAAAAAUUUAUAUUAUAAUAAAAAGUGUAUAGACGGCAGUAUAGGAAUGUAGACAAACCUUAGAAUACUUAACCCCAUUCGGUAUCUCUUAAAAUGUGUUCACAUCGAUACAUUCGAUACUCAAGACGGACAUACCGAAAUCGAGGUGCGACGUUUCGUUAUCGAUUUCGAUAUUUUAUCAUGUUAAAUUUGAACGGUUAAAACGACAAGCGACAACGAUUAAGUAUUAGAUGAAUUAUAGUUGAACUCUCAUAAGGGCAAUCGAAAAAAAAAAAAAACCAUCAUCAAAAUAUUUGUAUGCGGACGCAUCAGCCCGAGAUCUGUUUAUAAAGAAUAUAAAGACGCCCGGCGCAACUUACCGCUGUUGACCCUACCCAUGUUGAAAUAUAAUAGUAUUUUUUUUUCGUUUUAAAAACGUUGCGAAUAUUAUAAUAAAUUAUAGGUCGUCGAUUCGACAAGUGUUUUAGAAUUUGAGAGAAGAAACGUAUGGUUAUUUUUUUUUUAUUUUAUCUGUGCGCAACUUUUCUACCAGAAAACUUACUCCGAUUUUCAUGCGUAGCGCUCUUUGUGAAAGGAAAUGUGACUGGGAAGGUAUUUUAAAGAGGUCAUUUUUCAAUUUUCCCAAGAGUUUUCCAGCAAAUAUGAAAAACCGGGAAAAACGGGAAAAUUUGUACAUUUAGCAAAUUUAAGUCUGAAUCUACUUCAUACUGAUGGUCGAAAGUGGAUAACUCAACUCACCCUCUUUUACACAAUAAUAUUUAUGUUAUCUCAUAAUAAUCUUUCUCUUAACUAUUUAAUAAUAAUAUAAGAUUACCGUUCAUUCUCAUUUUUUAAGAAUUUUAAUUUUAAUUUUACAGUGACAUAAUCCCAUUUUCAAAAAAAUGACUUCACCCUUUUAUCCGGAGGCCGUCGAAAAUUAAAAUAUAGUCGAGAUUAUUGUAACUACAGUAUUCGAUUUUUUUUUUUUUUUUUUUGUUGCAAUUUUUUAUUUUAUUACGAUUUUCAAAGAGCUACCUAUAUUUAAAAUUACACAAACAGACGGAAUACCAGUUGAUCUCGAUUUCGGUGUUGACAUUUCCGAUUCACGUCAAACCAAGACAUUACACUUUUAAGUUUUCGGCAGGGAACGAGUAACGGUGCGUCUCAUAUUAUUUUGUACGUCAUCCGGGCGCACGACUCCACCACUGCACCUCUAACUAAUCUUUAAAGUGAAAAUAGUGAUAUUUUCCGGGCUUUUUUUUGUCGACGGUUCAAUUUUCAAACCAGUUACAAAUAUUCGAAAUAAUUUGAAUUUAAAAAAACCACCGUAUCUCGCUUAAAAACUGAAAUAUCGAGAAAAAACCCACUGCAAAAUACAAACCUUACCCUUGAGGUUUGAUAAUGCGUCCGGACGUUCGUACUAACCGCACAGAACGAACAAAAAGUUGGGUAAUUUCAUCGGCGGGGCGUAAAAUAUACGUCGCAUUAUAAAGUAGACGAUAAAUAUUAUGCGACGCUCGGCGAUAUCAUUCGGAGAAAUUGUCCACCGCGCAAAUAAUUUGCCGUUCAAUCCAUAAAACAGGAGCGAUAUUAUGGCGAAAUGCGUUUUUUUUCAUCAGAAAAAAAAAUGACGUUCGACAGGACGCGUCGGAUUUUCGAAAAUUAUACUUCUCGACGCUACAAUAACGUAAGGGUUCGAUCACACACGAAUAUCGACGGCAAAUUUUAACCGUUUUAAUUGAGUAUUUUUUUUUGUAUUGUCAUUUUCAACCAAAGUCUACGGGGUUUUAUGCUCACCGACGGAAAACAAACGGUCGAAAUACGGACCGUUCUGUGAGACGAGCAGUGCGAGUUUUUCCACGCAAACCACCGCGUUUCGAGAACGAAAACAACGGGCCACAACACUCUCGGCUCAAGACUAAUAUAUUGAACCGUUUGUUGAGAACCGUUUAGACUUGUCAUCGCGCCCUGUUGUAUCAUUAUCCUUUUCAAACGGACGGUUUGGUAAAUUUCGAUUUAAAAUCGCAUAUCGAAUGUAGGCGUACGCGGAAUGAAAAAUAAAUUAUUCAACACAACACCGUAGUCCGGACAUGGGUUUAAAAAGUGUUUUAUUCCCUUUGAAAAUUUACGCGCGUUUCCCCCGUCUCGUUUUGAAUUGUUUAACGCUCUACAGUCUACACUGCCAUAUAAUAAGGCGCGUGCUUAAUGUUUUUUUUUUUUUUCGAAAAUCGUUUUUUCGGUCAGUUGAAAAUUCUGAACAAUUUCCACCGGAGUCGCCGAAUGUAGGCGUAUUUUUUUUUAAAAUUUUUUUUUGUCUCUAUUAUUAACUAAACGCGAUCUGUAAAACGGUAUCGGUUUUUAAUAACUCGUUCACGGCCUUCCAGUAACGGCGACGUUCCCGUAACAAAAUACGACCGCGUCGCUCACGUUACGAACCACUUUCGCCCGUACAGUUUCGCGCGACCUUCGGUUGCGAUAAAAUGCACCGGGCGACUCGUUUGCCGGUGUCGUUAUGCGCGCGGCGCACGGACACGUCAUAAUAACAUUGUUGCGAUUUCGUUUGAUUUCAGGCGAUGGCGGUAUUGCUGGUGCUCGGUUCGGUGGCGCGCGGUUUCCCGCUGGACGGGCCGCAACUCGAUUCCGCGGUGGAAGGCGUACAGAAGUACCUGGAGUCGUCCGGGUUCCCGAAAAUGACCCGCGGCGAAAUUCUGGACUUCCUCAGCGACUUUUCGCGCAGUUCCCGCGUGAGCCGCUCGGACAACACCGCGGACCCGGGCAAAAGUCCGCGGGACAACGCGGUCGCGCUGCCGCAGCCCGACUACGGGUUCGCGUCCACGACGACGGCGGCGAAAAGCGCCGCGGCCACCGCGGCCAAGAGUAAAACGUCCUCGUCCGCGGCGAAAACCGCACCGGUCUACGAAUCGCCGCUGGCCUACGGAUACCCGCUGAGUUCGAAAACGCAGACGGUCCGACCGACGACGACGACAACGGCGGCGCCCGCGGUCACGGCUCCGACGAUAUUCGUGACGGUGCCCGAGCCGACCGCCGGCAACGGCGGCAAAAAGAACGAAAUCGCGAAGCAGGCGAUCGGCGGCGGCGGCGGCGGCAGCAGAAACGGUGGCCAAAAAAAGAGCGUCGUCCCGUCGGUCGACCUGAACGCCUACACAAAGUUCAAGAAAAUUCCCGAGGCCCGGGAAUUGAAAAUCGACGACGACAUGAGAGUGUUCCUCGGCGGAUUCGGGCUGUUGGAGCCCUCGUCGCCGAAAUCGGGUAAAUCGAUCGGGAUGGGCCCCGCGGUCAACGGAACCGCGCAGAGACGCGCCGACAUAGACGACGUCGACAACGCCGCGGCGGCCGCCAACACGGUGGACCAGGUGUUGUUGGAGUCCGUGUUGGCGGAAACCGGUAACGGCGAAGUGAACGCUUCCCAGCUGCUGGAUAGAGUGUCGUCCACCAGAGACCACGUGUUCAACCCGUCCGAUUCCAACGUCAAGACCGUGGACGUCAACAGGAUAGCGAAAAUCGUUGAAAACAUACGGCUGUUGACCGACGGCGACAACGGGACCGUGCCGUUGCCGCCGGACUUUAUCCAAAAGAAGAUCGAAAACAUUACCGCGUCCAUAGCGGACAUCGACAAGCCCGCGGGCACCGCCGCGGCCGGCGACGCCAAAGCCUUCAACGGAUACGAGGUGUUUUUCGACGACGAAUCCAAGGAGAUCGAUUCGGACCUGCCCGAGUCGCCGGCCGCCGGCGCCGCCGCCGGUUCGCAGACCGACGACGAGUCGCCUUUGAACCAGGCGAUUGACCAGCCGGAUCCGCUGUCCACCGACGAACUCCAGCAGCUGUUAGAGAAGACCAAAACCGACGUGAAACGCCAAGAACCCAAGCUGGACGAGACGGUCGCUUCGUCCACGGCGGCCGCCGCGACCGCCGAGCCGGUGUCCGUCACGUCUACCGAGGCGGCGGCGACGGCCGCGGUCACCGCGGACUCGUCUUCAGAGGCCACGUCCACGGUGGAGGUGACGUCCGACGGCGGCGACGCGGCCAGGGGUUCAUCCCCGCAGUCCGCGGCCGACGCGAGCCCGAGCCUCUCGCAGCUGGCCGAAUCGUUUGGCGGCGGCGAGACGGCCAGCGAGCCGCCCGCUCUCACCGACGUUGCCGAAGUGCCCGCCAACCGGCCGCGGAACGGUUUGUACUUUUACGUGGACUGGAACUCGUUCUUGACGGUCAACGAGGGCCAGAAGAACCAAGUGAACCUGAGGUUCGCUCCGAAAGCCGGCAACCCGGCGCAUUUCCUCAGAGUGGCCGUGCCGUAACGCCCGCCGCCGUCGCAGGACCGCCAUUAAAUUAUUCGUCUAGUUUUACGGUUUUUUUUUUUCGUGUGUGUUUUUUUUUCGUCGGCGACCGCGUCGAUCUUCCCUAGCGCGGACGUCGUCGGAAAAACAUCGCGUCAUUGUAUCGAUACGGCUUUGUACAAUAUUUAUUAUAUCCGUUAUACUAUUGUAAUUAUUGUGUAUGUAAAUAUAUAGAAAAUAU